AUGGUAAUGAACCUGUCUUUCUCGGCUUACUUCCACGGUGCUAACCUCGCGUCGCCGGAGCUUUUAGGAGUACCAGAGUCGCCAAUUUACUAUGCUGGCGAUCGGAGGUCCUUCGAAUCUAUGGGAAAUAAUCUUAGUAUCCUUGGCCGGUCAAUCUACCUCGGAGACAAUCCUGCCUUAGCGUCGCUGAUAGGAUGCAUUAUGAUAGAUGCUUUCUUCGGCUUGGCAAGUGGUUUUCUGCAAGCGGUGGCCGUCCUGAAAUCGUCCAAACUGUACACUACAAGAGGUGCAGAACGCUUUUUAUUUGAAGAGAUGGCCCCGCUCUUGUCCCGGAACUAUUUCACAUUGCUCGGCGACUAUGCAAGGCAGAUCGACAAUCGCAACUACCUGAGAGAUGAUCGCAAAGGCAUGCCAUUGAGCCUCUUAGUGAAAACACUUGAGAACAUGAAUCCGACGCGCUCCGAGAAUGGUGUUUCAAGUGUGCUGUUUGAUCCGCUCUUGAAACUGAUGCAGGCUAGAGUUGCGCAAGGAGGAGCAGCCGAGGAAAUGAGCAGCUUGAGGGAGGUCAUCCCCGAAUCAGGGAUACCUUCAGAUCAGACACAUGAAGAGGUCCACUAUAUGGACCCCACAAGGGAGGGAAGUGCAUCUCUAUACCCUGGUUAG